UGACCCCCUCUGUUCAAGUUUCAACAUAAGAAGCUGCAAAACCCUCCACACAGAAGGAGUCCCCAAUCAAAUUAAAUUACUAAUCUUUAUUUCGAUUUCUCAAAACCCCAAAACCAGUGAAUCCCAAACACCAAAGCGUGAAUCGUAAGAUUAAAUAUAUGAUACAGUAGCAUGGAGGAAGACGAAGACAGGAUUUUGCUGAGCAGUUUGGGCGUCACGUCGGCCAAUCCCGAAGAUAUUGAGAGGCACAUUUUAUCUGAGGUUAAGAAUAAUGGCAAUGCCGGUGACAUUGGUGAGGCUGGAGGGAGCAAUGAGGAGGAGGAGUUGGGGGAGAAACCGGAGAGUGUUGAUCCAUCCGUGGCCAGCCACGCCAAACUCUAUAACAAAUUGAGGGCAGUUGAGUUUGAAAUCGAUGCGGUGGCAUCCACUGUCGAGCAUGAACAAGGCGGGAAUGAAGAUGGCAUUCGUGAUGGUGAUGAUGGCGAGGAACGGGGGGAUAAGGAGGAUGAUGUUGAGGCUUCUGAUAACCUUCAGCAUGCUUUGGCCACUGAUAGACUACGGAGUCUGAAGAAAACAAAGGCUCAACUUGAGAAAGAGCUUUCGGACUUGGGCAAGCAAAGACCUUCUAAGGGUAUUGAGCUUGACAGAGUCUUGUCUAAUAUUGUCAAGGAAAAGCCUGCACCCAAGAGGAAGUUGAAACAGGUUCAGAAGUCUGGCAAAAAACAAGAAAAGCGGGUUAAAACAGUCUCAUUUGAUGAGGAUGAUGAUUUUGAUGCCGUGUUGGAUGCAGCCUCCACAGGGUUUGUUGAAACGGAAAGAGAUGAAUUAGUUCGAAAAGGGAUCUUAACUCCUUUCCAUAAACUAAAGGGCUUUGAACGCCGCCUUCAAGAUGGAGGGCCAUCUCAGAGGCAUAAUGAUCCCGCAGAAGAAGACAGAAAUGAUGAUUUAUUUUCAGCCAGUGUUGCUAGAGCAGCCCAAUCAAUAUCAAAGGCUGCACAAGCCCGCCCAACUACAAAGCUACUUGAUUCGGAAGCUCUACCAAGGCUUGAGGCAGCCACCUAUUCUUUCCAGAGGCUAAGGAAACCUCUGAAAAUCCCCCAAUCCCUUGAAAAUGAUACACAGAAGAACAAAAAAUCAGGAACAAGAAGGAAGCGUCCUUUGCCUGAGAAGCGAUGGAGAAAUCGCAUUUCUCUUGAGGAAAUGAAUUUGAACGGAAACGAGGUGAGCACCCCUAGGGAAGAAGAAAACCAGGAAGAUACUGGAGAUAUAGAUGAUGAUGAGUAUCCUCAUGUUACCCUUGAAGGGGGCUUGAAAAUCCCUGAGUACAUUUUUGAACAACUCUUUGACUAUCAAAAAGUAGGGGUCCAGUGGCUCUGGGAAUUGCAUUGCCAAAAAGCAGGUGGAAUCAUUGGAGAUGAGAUGGGUCUUGGUAAAACCAUCCAGGUCUUAUCUUUCCUUGGUGCACUGCAUUUCAGUCGUAUGUACAAACCAAGCAUUAUUGUAUGCCCGGUUACACUAUUGCGACAAUGGAGAAGGGAGGCUAAGAAAUGGUACCCAAGCUUUCAUGUGGAGUUACUUCAUGAUUCUGCUCAGGACUCAAGUAAUAGAAAAAAACAAUAUAAAUCUUCUGGAAGUGAUUCUGAUAGUGAAGGUUCACUGGAUAGUGAUUAUGAGAGACCUGUAUCAUCCAAAGGUGCCAGAAAAUGGGAUGCCUUGAUAAAUCGUGUUUUGAGGUCAGAAUCUGGGUUGCUUAUUACAACUUAUGAGCAACUUCGUAUCGUUGGGGAAAAAUUGCUGGACGUUGACUGGGGUUAUGCAGUUUUGGAUGAAGGACACCGAAUUCGGAAUCCAAACGCAGAAAUUACUCUAGUUUGUAAACAGUUACAAACAGUACACCGUAUUAUCAUGACGGGUGCCCCAAUUCAGAACAAGCUGACUGAACUGUGGUCCUUGUUUGAUUUUGUCUUCCCUGGAAAGUUGGGGGUUUUGCCCAUAUUUGAGGCUGAGUUUGCCGUUCCCAUAUCUGUUGGCGGUUAUGCGAAUGCUUCACCGUUACAAGUAUCGACAGCUUACAGGUGUGCUGUGGUUCUGCGAGAUCUGAUCAUGCCGUAUCUCCUCCGGCGCAUGAAGGCUGAUGUGAAUGCACAUCUUCCUAAGAAGACUGAACAUGUCAUCUUUUGCAGCCUCACCACUGAGCAACGAUCUGCAUAUAGAGCUUUUCUUGCCAGCUCUGAUGUGGAACAGAUUUUGGACGGCAAUAGGAAUUCACUUUAUGGAAUUGAUGUGAUGCGUAAAAUUUGCAACCACCCUGAUCUGCUUGAGAGGGAACAUGCUGGCCAGAAUCCUGAUUAUGGGAAUCCUGAGCGCAGUGGGAAAAUGAAAGUUAUUGCCCAAGUUCUUAAAGCUUGGAAGGAGCAAGGUCAUCGUGUUCUUCUAUUUAUGCAAACCCAACAAAUGCUUGACAUUAUUGAAAGUUUUCUGGUCGCUGGUGAAUAUAGCUACAGAAGGAUGGACGGUCUGACUGCCAUCAAACACAGAAUGGCCUUAAUAGAUGAAUUUAACAACUCAAAUGAUGUGUUUAUUUUCAUCCUUACGACUAAAGUAGGAGGUCUAGGGACAAAUUUGACAGGUGCAAAUAGGGUGCUCAUCUUUGACCCUGACUGGAACCCUUCAACUGACAUGCAGGCCAGGGAGCGUGCUUGGCGUAUUGGUCAGAAGCGGGACGUAACUAUAUAUAGAUUGAUUACUCGUGGAACUAUAGAAGAGAAGGUGUAUCAUAGACAGAUUUACAAACAUUUUCUCACGAAUAAGAUAUUGAAAAACCCCCAGCAGAGAAGGUUCUUUAAAGCUCGAGAUAUGAAGGAUCUCUUCAUUCUGAAUGAUGAGGGAGACAGUGGGGCUACUGAAACAGCUAAUAUAUUUGGGCAGUUAUCUGAAGAUGCCAAUGUUGUUUGUGCUCAGAAAGAUGACCACAGUACGCGAGAGUCUAAGAAAGUUACUGUACCAUAUACCAAUGCUUCUGCUGGCAAAAGAAGGAACUCUGAGAUUGAAUCAUCAAGGAGAAAUGGAAAAGAAAAAGCUGAUCACAGUGAGGGCGAUGUGGACGAAGAAACAAAUAUUCUGAAGUGUCUUUUUGACACGCAAGGGAUCCAUAGUGCUAUGAACCAUGAUGUGAUCAUGAAUGCCCAUGAUGAAGAGAAGAUGAGGCUUGAGGAGCAAGCUUCCCAAGUUGCACAAAGAGCAGCAGAAGCAUUGCGCCAGUCACGAAUGCUUCGGAGCCGUGACAGUGUAUCUGUCCCCACAUGGACUGGGAAAUCAGGAAUGGCAGGUGCACCAUCAGCUGUCCGUGGGAAAUUUGGUUCUACUGUGAAUUCCCGAUUGAUAAGUAAUACCAAACCCUCCGCUGAAGUUUCCAACAGUAGAACAAAUGGGUUCGUGGCUGGGGCGUCUGCCGGGAAGGCAUUAUCUUCUGCUGAAUUACUAGCAAGAAUUCGAGGAAACCAGGAAAAAGCUGUUGAAGCUGGAAUUGAGCAACAGUUUGGGAUGGCUUCUAGUUCUUCUAGCAGAGGAAAAGCCGUGGAUGCUGGGCCUUCUAGGCAGUCACAGAACUUGGGUGGAGUGCCACCUGAAGUACUGAUUCGUAAGAUCUGUACAUUCCUCCGAGAAAGAGGUGGAAGUACGAAUUCUGCCACAAUAGUGCAGCAUUUUAAGGAUAGAAUACCCUCAAAAGAUCUUCCCUUGUUUAAGAAUCUUUUGAAGGAAAUAGCAAAGCUAGAGAAAACCCCGAGCGGAUCAGUUUGGGUUCUAAAGCCAGAGUUUCAUCAACAGUAAUUGAUUCAUUACUUGAGAGUGCUGAUUAGUUGGUGGAUUUUGA